UUGCUUCCGAUAAUCGGCAGUAUCAACAAACUCGUCGCAGGAGAAGCAGGGGAACAGUCGGAGAGACAGUGGCGCGCGUUCAACCUCGAAAUAUUCAUUCGCGGGCCGAUUCCGAGAACCAUCGCCGAUCGUUCGCAGUUUAUAAAUUUGUUCCUAAAAUAAAUCCUGCCUAGUUUUAUUUGAUUCAACGGGCGACAUCCUGCUGACGGUCAGUGUGUGUGCGAUUUUCACGAACAUUUCCACUACCAACUACCAAUAAGUGAUUUGGUACCCCAAUAGGUACCAACACGGAAACGCGUUGCAAUAUUGUUGUUGUUGUGGUGCUAAUUUACUGUGCCGUAGCAGCGAGGUGACCUCGAACAGUAUUUUUUACAUUUCUAUUGGAUUUAAUCAUGUCGCUUAGUAAGAUCCGCAGCAAAAGUGGACGAUACUGACUAUAGAAAUCAUCAUUGCGCUCGCCUCGUCGAAACAUUAUAAAUAGUCAUGGAUGAGAACGAAAUAGGUAGCAGCACAGAUGCAUUAGGAGAGCGGCCCUAUGAUGCAACCCACCUAAGUGAUGUCAUUGAAGUCAUUAAGGAGACUGACCCGGACUUUAAAGAGUCCAGCAGAGGGACCCGAAGUGAACAGACAGCAAGGCCCAUGUUGAACGGAGGUGGGCAGAUUUCUGUGCCCCCACAACAACAACGCAGUUCAGGGGCAUCCAGACGAAGGCAUCCUGCUGAAGUUCGGGGUGCAUCCGCAUAAUUUGGUGGGCAAAGACUGCAAGAAUGGCGUGUGUACGGUGGUGAUCGCACCUGAAACCAUGAGGGCUCAAUUCCAGAAUUUAGGCAUCCAGUGCGUGAAGAAAAGGGACAUUGAAAGCUCGCUUCGGCAACGCGAAAAUAUUAAAGUCGACCCAUUUAGACAGGGUUAUUCUCAUCGAAGCCAGCCAACCUCCAUCGACCUGAACGCCGUGCGACUCUGUUUCCAAACCUACUUGGAAGAGGAUGGCAAAUUCAUAAUACCACUUCGAGCCGUGGUCAGUGACGUGAUUUACGAUAAGAAGGCAAUGGCCGAUUUAUCCAUCGUCCAAUUAUGUUCCUGUGUUAGUCACGUGAACGGCGGAAAGCAAAUGAUUCUUUUGUGCGAAAAGGUAGCAAAAGAAGACGUGGAAAUCCAUUUCUAUGAAGAGGAUUUGCAAGGGAAUCGAGUCUGGCAAGCCAAGGCCGACUUCCAGCCCUCCCAGGUCCACAAGCAGACGGCCAUUUCCUUCAAGGUUCCUCCGUACCGCACGCUGGACGUGUCCGAACCGGUUAGAGUGUACGUGCAGCUUUACAGACCUUCUGACCGUUUGACCAGCGAACCUCGUCCAUUCGAAUACCUGCCCUUAGACUCAGCCGGUUGCAUUUGUCAGAGGGACAGUAAUAAGCGAAAGAGGGCCAAAAUUGACCAGUCGUAUCCAAAAAUUAUGGGAGGGCUUACCGCCCAUGAUAAAAGGGUGAUGAAGGAGGUGAAUAACUUGGAGCUAAUCAAGAUGGAACCCAAAGAGUCAACGUCUCCCUAUGGAGGCACUUCGCCCUAUGGAGGAACCUCGCCCUAUGACGGAAUAAUGUACCAAGUGCAGAACCAAAACUACGUGUCCACCCCAUCAGUUUCGCCUCAAUACCCGUACGAUUUGGCGCCGACACCCUCACCCGAAGCCCUCAACUACCCUUACAGGCUGCAGCCGGUCAACGUGGGCAACAAUUUCAACACAAUGUCGCAAAUGAAGGUGAGUCCUGGAUGGAACGCGCCAGCGAGAAAUCUGCAGGUCGAAGCUGCAGGCUGUGCCACAUGGAACAUUCCCUCGAAUCCGGCAGAACAAGGGCCGCCCCAACUGCUGGACCUCGAUAAUCACCAGAUCAAUUCUGGCGACCUGCAGAAUCACCUCAACGAAAUGAACAUAUCGAAUUUAGGACAAUUACCGGAUUUUAAUAAUUUGUCGUUGACAGAGAUCGAUCUCAAUUCUCAAAAUCAAAACAUGUCCGAUAGCUUAACGAAUAUUGUGAAUGCCGCCGUUGAUAAAAAUCUGGGCGGCCAGUGACGGAACGCGUAAUUGUUUCGACAGGGUACUACUGACUAUGUGCAAUCUACAUUAUUCUUUUCUCUGGAUGUUGGACGCUUGCCACAAGAUUGUGACAAAUUUAUUCACUUUGUUUUGGAUGCGAUUCGACUCAAAAGUGCUUUCUUUUUCGCUCACUUUCUGUCACUCUGUAUAUGCUAUGGUGCUCUCAACGGUUCAGGCAUAGAAAAUGCCUGUUUUAAUCGGGGACUUCAUGAAAAUGGUUCAAAUUCAUUUUCAAAAUGGGAGUGCAAAUUUGAGAAGGCGAGCAUAUAUUCGGAAAUUCUUUCACUUUUUAACUGCACAUUCAUUCUGAAAGUCUGUAUUUACAACUGGAAGGGUUUUUUUUGGAAUUUGCUUCCGGACACCCACCAUCUCAAAGGCCACUUUACAUUGCUCCGAACUAAUGUGACUCAAGGGCUAGACUUAGCUGUUGCUAAUUGAAUUAAGAAAAUCUUCAUUACGAUCAGAAUGUUGUUUUUAGAAAUAUAUACAUAUUAAAUAAAAAAUA